AUGCCCCCAACCCCAGCCCACGCCCCAGAAGCCGACGUCCUAGUCAUCGGCAGCGGCAACGCAGGCCUCUGCUCCGCAAUCUCAGCCUCCGAGUCCGGCGCCAGCCGCGUCCUCCUAAUCGACUCGUGCCCCGAAACCUGGGCAGGCGGGAACUCCUACUUCACAGCCGGCGCCUUCAGAGCGGUGCACCAUGGCCUGUCCGAUAUCCUCCCGAUAGUAAACAACGUCGAGGAGGAGAAAGCAGCGAAUAUAGACGUUGAGCCAUAUACGGCAGCGAACUUCUCAGACGAUAUUGCGCGGAUCUGUGUUGGACGAUCCUAUCCUGAUCUUUCGAGGACGCUUGUGCAAGACAGCAACGAUGCAGUGAAGUGGCUCGCAAGCCACGGCGUGCGGUUCCAGCUGAGCUUCAACCGCCAGGCCUAUGAGAUCGAUGGGCGGAUUAAAUUCUGGGGCGGGAUGUGUCUGAAGACGCAGGAUGGCGGGAAGGGCCUAAUUGAGGAUGAGCGAGCAGCAGCAGAGAAACUGGGCGUUGAGAUUCUGUUCAAUACAUCAGCGAAGCGUCUCAUUCUCAACCCCGCAACCGGAGGAAUCCACUCGGUGAUCGUGCAAGAGACGUCGCGCUCCAGCCCUGGCUCCGGCUGGGGAGAACGAGAAAUCCUCACCAAGUCCGUCGUCCUCGCCGCAGGCGGCUUCGAAGCGAACCCGCGAAUGCGAGCGCAGUUCCUCGGUCCCGGCUGGGACUUUGCACACGUCCGCGGCACACCAUACAAUAACGGGUCGUGCUUGGAGAUGGCGAUCCGCGACGCCUCCGCAAAGGCAGCGGGGAACUGGUCGGGGUGCCACUCCGUCGCGUGGGACGCGAAAGCGCCGCCGAAUGCAGGGGACCGGAUUAUCUCGAACGAGUUUACGAAGUCCGGGUACCCGCUCGGGCUUAUGCUCAACACUGAGGGGAAGCGGUUUGUGGAUGAGGGCGUUGAUAUGAGGAAUUAUACGUACGCUGUCUUUGGGCGGGCGAUUCUGGCGCAGCCGGGGCAUGUUGCGUUUCAGGUUUGGGGGGCGGAUAUGGUGCCUUGGUUACGUGGGGAGGAGUAUAGGGAGGAGAUUGUGGAGAGGAUUACGGGGGAUUCGUUGGAGGAGUUGGCUGGGGAGUGUGCUAAGCGUGGGCUGAGAGACCCAGGGCAGUUUUUGGAUACUAUUCGGGAGUAUAAUGAGGCUGUUGCGGCGUUUCGGGAGGAGAAUCCGGACCACAGGUGGGAUCCGGCUAUUAAGGAUGGUCUCUCUACGCAGUCGACUGGGAAGAAGCUGGCUCUGCCUAAGUCCAAUUGGGCAACGCCGCUUACGCGAGGGCCGUAUGUCGCUGUCAAGGUGACCUGCGGUGUGACCUUUACGUUUGGUGGUUUGGCUGUUGACCACGAGACUGCGGGCGUCCUCUCGUCGGCUACGGAUUCUCCUAUACCCGGGUUAUACUGUGCUGGUGAGAUGCUGGGAGGAUUGUUCUGGGAUAACUAUCCUGGUGGCAGUGGGCUGACGUCUGGGGCUGUGUUUGGUCGGAGGGCGGGACGUGCUGCUGCUGCUCAUGCUCGCGGAUAG